CCCCCCAUUGGAGGAGGUGGAUCCUGACCCAGCGCCGAGGGACCUCUGUGCUGGAAUCUGCCUGAACAAUGAAUAAUACUGCUCCUCCUCCAGAAAAUGGACAAUAUUCUGCAUCUCAACAAAGACCCUUUUUUUAUGCACAACCAACAGCACAAUUACCUUUCCCGAAUCCUUGGUACCUUGGCCAGCUCUAUAAUCCAUACUGUGUUCCUGGACCAGGUUUCAGAGGAGGAAAUCCAUAUUUUCCUUUCUAUUCUGUUGCACUCCAUGAAUAUCCAGGAGGAUAUUAUGUUCCCCAGCAUCAAAUGAACACUAGAAUGAACAGAAGACCCAAUUUUAAUCCCUAUCCACCUUCCCCUAUGUUUUACCAUGCUACUCGGUUUAGACAUUAUAGCAGUCCUGGAAGAAGAACAGAAACAAAAGAAACCCAGACUGACCCAAGACAACCAGAACACAUGCCUCAGAAGCACCUUGGUUCAGUUAGUAAAGGCUGUGAUGCAGGAAACCCAGAGUGCCAUUCUUCUGGCAUUAGCUGUCCAGAGAAUGAAAGUAAUCUGGAUAAUGUAGACAUGUCCAUGUCACCUGCAGCACCCUUGCAGGAAAGGGACUUUCAUAAAAAUACGUGCAACUCAUCCCAAUACCGAAAUAUGCCUCCAGGAAGCUAUGCUUAUGAGAAAGAGGAGGUAAGAAUAGAGUAUGGAAGUGGUUCCCCUGCUGCCAUACAGAUGUGGAAGUCUUAUAAAGAAACCAUACCAAUAUACGAUGUGGCAGUUGUUAAAGAAAUACCAGACAAUUUAGUGCAGCGUGAUCUAUAUUGUGAGGGUGUACUGUAUGGCCCACACACAGAAGGUGAGGAGCUUGCAGUACAAGGUGUUGUCUUCAAUAAAGAGGAGUGUAAAUCUUCACUCUCUCCAAAACUUUGUCUUGAUGCUGUACAAGAAACUGAAACGCAGACAACAGUAGUGCAGAACAGUGAGUUGAGGAAUGAAACCAUAAAAUUGAGUAAACCAUAUGUAAAAUCACAGGCUGUGGAGGUAGAGCCACCAAAUGUGUGCUCAGAACAUACUGAGUCUUGUCCUAUCCAUGAUAAAGAACAAAAUGGAGACUCAGAAGGUUCAAAAGGAAUUAAUGAUACCAAUGGAGAACUUGAGGCAAGGCUAGAUGUAGGUUCUGAAAACAAAAUCCAGACACAGCCUGAAUGUAAUGGAGAGAUGAGAUUGGAUGGAAAAAGUAGUGCAUGGACAGAAGACAUGAUGGAAAAUCUUGUGCCUCCACCAUCUUGGGUCACUUGCUUUGACAAUAUAGAAACAAAUUAUGACUAUGAUGCUUAUAUGUCUCAACGGAAGCAAAAAAGGCCAAGUAUACUAAGUAUCACUUCAGAGGAGCUUUCAUCAAGGGAUGAAGGAUCAUCUGUGGAGAAUACGUCUAUAUCUUACUUGGUUCCCGACUACAUGCUCAGGAAGGGUUUGUAUGCCUUUCGAAAAAGUGCAGAGAUUACAGAGCGAGAGAAAAUUAAAAGUUGUGGCUCUUUGAAGGAAGAUGAAAUGUCUAUGAAGCCAGCCAGCAGUCAAUAUGAACAAAACAAUGGUUCUGGGGCAACAAAGGAAAAAGGCAUUUCCAGAAGAGGUAAAAAGAUUGGGGUUCCUGUGAGAGGCUUGAGUAGAAGAAAAAUGUUUUCAGUAAAGAAAAAAUUAAGGAAGAGUCAGUCAUUGUCCGAACCAGAGGAUUCUGAAGAAUACUGGGUUAUGGAGGAAGAGAACUUGCAAAAUUGUGAGGAAGAUGAAGAAAGUGAUGAGGAUGAAUAUUACUUUCAGGGAAAUUUACCACAUGGGCAGCUAGAUCUUAUUAAAGGUAGUUUCUUUAAACAGAUUGCUCAGAAAAGAAUACUUUGGAAACCACCAAAAGGUGCAAUCCCGACUCAGUUGAUCAGUUGGCCUGUCAGAGAAAAGUCAAAAGUCAAGAAAAAGGGGUAUGAAGCACAAGGGCAUCGACUGACUGAGCAAGAUGUCAGUGACUAUGCAAACUAUGAAAAGCAGGUCACAAAGCUAGAGAGGGGCUACAAAGAGAUGUCUGAACAGAAGAGAUCUCUGCAGAAGUCACUGGGUGGAAAACCUCAAAAGAAAACCACUGGGGCAACUGUUGAAGAGUACUGGGUUGGAAGAGGUGCUAAACCCAAACUCUCCGAACCUUCAUAUUAUUUGCAAGAUUCAACCAAAAAAGAGCAAGAUAAGCCUAAAAAGAAAGGAACGGUCAAGUCUUCUAAAAGAAAACAAACUAGAAUUGAUCCCGAAGAAAUAGAAACAUGGGAAGUUCCUAGAUCAUUCUUGUACAGAGGUAUGAAACUACAAAAAACAGGUGUGAGGAAGGCUGAACUUGAU